UGGUUGCGGGGCUGGCUGCCGCUGGGCUCGCUGUGAGAGCGCGCGCGGGGAGGGCUGUGCGGCGGCUGCUGCCUGUGGCUAGUGGAGCUCGUGGCUUGGAAACAGAAAGUUGCAGGGGAGCGCGUGUGGGCGGGGAAGCUGCGGGGAAAGUGGGGCACCUUUCUGGGGAGCGGCAGCGGCGGAUCAUGCAGCGGGGCAGACUCACCCUCCUGCUCUCUCUGGCUUUUCUCCUGCUCCACGUGAGAGGUCAAGGUGACUUUGAUUUAUCAGAUGCAUUCGAUACAGAACCUACAAACAGACCAGAUUCAGUUACUAAAAAUGCAGAUUCAGAUGACCGAAAACCUCAACCUGGAAGCAAGGAUAAUACUGGUGGUAGCUUUAAGGAUGAAGAUUUAAUUGAUGGUGAAAACACUCCACCAAAAAAAAGGGGAGGUGAUCCAAAGCCCACAAGUGCAGGAGACACGGAAGCUUCUCAAGGACUGAUACCUGGAGUGAUAAGUGCUGUGCUUGUAACAGUUGUUGGAGCAGUAUCUAGCUUCAUUGCUUACCAAAAGAAGAAACUCUGUUUCAAAGCAAGCGGAAAUGAAGAGACUGUUAAUAUGGAAAGUCAACAAGGAGCACAUGCAGAGCCACCUGUUCAGCAAACACUUCUGCAGAAAUAAUACAGGGAAAACUCAAGGUGAAGAAAAGAUCAGCAACUGGAUAGAAAACCUGAAUAUCUGCCUGAAAAAAAAAAUCAACAGUGUAAACAGCGGGACUUGAGUUUCAAAAUUGCAUGGGGGGAGGGGAUGUAGUUCUGUUGAAAUAGUCUUGGAAAGGGAGGGAGGGAUGUUUUCAAAUACCUGAGCAUUUUUUGAGGUUAGUCCUAAGUGAAGCAUAGUGUCGCCCACUGACAGUUGGCCUUAAACUUGUGCCUUUUAAUUCUCAAUUCUGCUGUUAUGGCAAAAGCCAUCGCUGGUGUGUAUCUGAACUGACUAUUAUUCUGACUAGCCCCUUUUUCUUACCCUUUUCAAAAAUAAAUCAGUAAAUCUGCUGAAGUACCAGUACCUUGAAACCGCUCUAACACUGCAGCAUUGUGUCACCACCCACAUAGGGGACCCUUUACUCUCACUCUGGGUUUAUAGAUGGGCUAGCAGGGCACAUGCUAGUGCUCUUAAAAUAAUAGUGUAAGUGGUGAUUUGAAGUUGCAGCUCAGGCUACCAUUUGGGCCCUGAAGCCUAAAAGAGGUGCAGAGGUUCCAAAACCAGAGCUCUUGCCCAAGUUAGGAUGUGUAUACAGCUAUUUUUAGUAUGGUAGUAGUGUAAAUCACACACCUUCUGGGUGUUGUGCGCUGUCCCAUGUAAUGGCAUGUAGACGACUUACACAGAGGAAGAAUGAGUCUGCUCUACAGCCUUAGCUGAGAGCUAGUUAGCUUUUAGCUCCAGCUGUAAAGGCUUAUGUCCUAAGCUCCAGAGGUCCCAAAUUCAGUUCCACCUGUCAGCGCUACAGAAGCUCAAGUCUCAGCAGCCUAAAUCUGUUGACAUGGGUCGGGAGGCUCGCUACUUGUGUGCUGUGAAUGCAUACCCUAAAUUAGGAAAUCAUACCAAUGAAGACAUCUUCCUUAUAGUUCACUUGAAAGUGAAGUUUCAAAACAAAUCUACUAAAUGUUACAUUUUGUGGGUACCUGAAUGCAAACAGGUGUAAAGGUUCAAAAAGCAGCCAUGGCAUAUGAAAUAUUUGACCAAAUUAGUGUGUAUGUGUAUCUUUCUGUGUGAAUGUAUUUGACAGUAGAGUUGUCUGUGAAACUGUCUGAGUCUGCUACCAGAAGGAGGUACUUUUAUCUCUUUUCCCUAAGGAAAAAAGUGUUUCCUUUUGUUUGUUUGCUUUUCUUUAUUAUGUCUGUCUGGUACAGAUCCAGAAAACCCCAGUGUGCUUCAGUGCACCCCCAAGUGUCUCAAAGUUGCUUUUCUUACUGAUCAACUAAUAUAGAGUUGAUCAAGAAAGGAAAAAAACCUGACGUGAAAUCAGAACUCUACUUGGCUGAUUUUCAUUUGUCUGGGUUUGCCUUUCUAGUGUAUAUUUGGGCACCUUCCAGGAAUAAAUUUGUAUGACAUUUAGGACUAAUAGACAUUUCCAUGACUACUCACCCAAAAGCUUUAGCAGAAGAUCAUUAUUUUUGUGGUUUUGGUAUUAAGAGGCUUGUUAUCCAAGUUAGAAAGCAGAAAUAAUACAACUAAGUUAUGUGGUAACUACAACAUGGAUAAUCAAGAGCACGCUAAACAGUUCCUAAAAUUUACUCUACACAUGAUUUGCCAAAUACCUGUGAAUAACAAAUAAUUUGAGGACCUCUACUGGUUUCAUGAAGGAUACACAACAAAAAAGAGGGCUCAAGCAGCUAAUAGCACAUAGGGGCUGCUGCCCUUCUGUGGAGCUCCAGUAAAAUCAGGGGUGUCCCAUAGAAGCACAGCAGUCUGCUGACAUGUUGUCAACUGAAGGACGAGGUUUAGAUUUGUAAUUGCUACUGGUUACAAUGAAUAGUUUGACCAGCUGUGUCUAGGAGAGGUUGUUUGUAAUAUAACUUCAACUUUUGUGCAUUUUUACAAAACACUGUGACACAACUUUCCUUUAGUGCAUAAGUGAGAAUCCAUUCACACAGUAAACAAAUGACUCUUUAUAUAAGGUUAUAAUCUGGACUAGUACAAAUUUUUUUCCUGCCAAGAUCUGCAAAUCUCUGUGCAUAUAAAUAUUAAUGCAUCUAAUGAGAACUCAUUUUAAAGAGAACUUGUACAUGCUUAUUUUAGGAAGUUAAUGCAAAAUAAUUUUAAAUAAGCGUUAGUGCUGUGGGGUUUUUUUAAUUAUGAAAAUAAUUGCCAAACCACUUUUGCCCCAUUACUUUUAUUUUGUUCCUAGAUGAAAAUGUUAAAACAUGGCAAGUGCAUUAUUGAUGGAAAAGUUGUUGCAUCAUAGGUGAGAUGCUUUGACUGUAAAUGUUUAUGAAAUGUCUUGUUUACCUUCACCAACAAAUGUACUACAUAUGUGGCUCUGUCAGGUGUGAAGCACACUGAAACAUGCCGAUAGCUGUUUUGAGGGUUCUUUAAAUAAGCUUUCAAGUAAUUAAGAUUUUGGGUCCUUCAUUAGAUUUCUCAAACCUUUUAAGAAUGUCAUUGAAACCUCAGACUAUUAACAUUGUGCCUUUUUUAAUAAACCUGCGUAAAGCUACUUUGUUAAAGUA